CUUCUCAUUUUUCUACGAAGCUGCUGCGUUGUAAAAUGCACUGUUUUCCUCAAAAAUUUUAUCUAUGUGAAUGGGUAUUUCGAAAGGCUUAUGUCGAGGUUUUUUGCGAACUCUACCAUCAUUUCACUGGCUUUUUCACACCAUUAAAGCGACACCAUUUUCACUCUUUUUGUACGAAAACUCAUAUUAAAGUUUUUUAUGUAUUAUGAUUUUGUGACAAAACUUCAUGUCUUUUUGUUAUAACAACUUUGUCAUAAUGGUUUCCUAAAUGUUAGGUUUGCCGAAAAUUUAUUCCAAUACAGCUUGCUUUGUAGACACAACCUAGAAUUGGCAUGCGUAGAAAUGCUAUCAGCCUGUUGGCCUUAUUUUGUUUUCUGAAACAUGUUUAAGUGUGGAAUGUUCCCUGAUUUUACUAGAGAAGUACCAAGGGUAUCUUAACUGUUUGACAACUCCUUUACAAAUUAAAUAUUACAUGUAUUUCUUUAAAAUCGCUUGUUUUGAUUUCUCUCUUAGACAUAUUUUGCUAAAAUAUCAAUUAACAGCUCUCUUCUGAUUUUAAUGAUAUACCUAAGUGCUGAUGAUCAAGUUAAGUUUUUUGUCUCAUAUUUUUAUCCUGUCAUGUAGGAAUUCGAAAAUCAGUUAUCAAAAAUCACUGGUAUGCUCGAGCCUGAACACGUUGUCUUUAGUAGUUAGAACGCAACUUGGAAACUUUUGCACCUUUACCUAACUGUAUAUGUGAGAGCGUUAAGCGUGAAUCUCGGCGUUGCAACUUAGAACCAUCCUGUUCUAUACACCAAAAGUGUAUAUGUAUAUGGUAUACAUGCUUUUUUUGUUAUAAGGAACCACUUUAUAAGGAACCUACAUGUAGAAGGUCGAAAUAUUUGAAGUGGCUGCACACUAACAAAUAUACCUUACCAGGGACUAAAAUAUCAGGGGAAAGUUUCUAAUUUUCGCAAGUGACUAAAUUUUUCUCGAUUCAUUGCUACCAGACAGGUACUUUCCUCGAUUUCUUUUCACCGGACAAGUACCAGAAGUAUCAUGUUAAACUAUUUUAUUUGUUUGUUUGUUGGUAGUUAAUCUGAUUUUUUUUAUUUAAAAUUUUUUUACAAGCUUUCAAUUGAAGUAUGAGUAAAAACGACUUAUUCGAGAAUUUGUUCCGUGAAAAAUGACUAAAUCUUCACAAAUGACAAACUUUUGCCCCUACAUUUCUUCGUCCCACUUUAUGCUUUCCUAUCCCAUAGGGUAGACAGUAUUGUUGUAUUUAGAACUCUGAUAUCAUAUCAGGGAAUUCAAGUCAAGUAAAGGAUCUUCCUCGAGGCUGAGAUUCCCCUUGAAGUUUCCUAAGUUUGACGAAUAUGUUUAAUUGAUUCCAGAUCAUUUCCGUCAGACACUGCCGAGGUUAGCUUAAAAGUAAACUACAAGGAAGACCUUUGGGCUAAAUUUCCAAAAAUAAUUAUCUUCUUCCAUUUUUAGAUACAGUCCCCAUCUUUUCUUGUAGGAAAUAAUGGCCAUGAGAAUGUCCUGUCGACGUUAUUCUGUUAAAAAACAGUCAAAAAAUAUCAUUAAGAUCGAUUAAAAUGUGAUGAUAUUUCCCUAGAGGUGUUUAAUUUGCUAGUUGAUUCCAAAUCGAUUUUAACGUUAUCUUCAAUGACACUGUUUUUAAAUAAAAACAUUUACUAGCCCAAGAUGCUUUCUGACGUUCUUCAGUGAUAAAUUUGCUUGAGUUGAUGUACAUGAAGGUUUGUCAGCCACAUUUUUUUGUUUUCAUUAGACCUCCAUUCUUAAAGCUGCAAGCGACAGGUAUGUAAGUGACAGGGAUCACUUUAGAACCAUUGGCAAUUUGAGCAGCCAUUUUGGCCUAACUGAGUUGCGCUUCUUUGAAUGGAAGGUCGUGCUGCAAACCCUCUCAACUGUUUCAAUUAUUGAGUUACGUUCGCUAACCCUUGCCAACCCAAACCCGAUCCAUCAAUAAACCAUGUUACCUCAAUGAUAAUUCUACCUUUCAACCACGUCUCACUUUCUAUUCGUGUUGGCUAACCUUAAGGAUAUUACUAACGGAGCUGAUGUAUCACUAUCAUUUCAUUUGCUUCACCAUAGAUUAACCGUGUAGAUCUUAUCCCACUCAUCUUUGCAAGGUUGUCUGUCUUGCAUUUCUGUGAUCGUUUGUCAAUGACAGCACAGUUCGAUAAUUGCGAGUGAAACUAAGAGCUGCUAGCUCGGUUAGUUUGACGUCAAUUUCAUUAUUCGAGUUGACGAUAUCGAAGGGUAUUUGGGAGGUUUGUGGCCUGAGAGCAGCUUAAUAAACUCAUGUUUAUCGGUAAAACCCACUUUUCUUUCACUUGGCUGAAACUGACACCCAUAUAAACGUGUUUGUUUUGUUGGAACGCCGUCCCCUUUAUGACUUCGUCCAAAGUCUCUGGGAGAAUUGUCGACAAAUUUGAAUCAUUGUUUGCCGUUUGCAUGGGCUCCAACACAGCUUGGCAAAUGUGGAUGGGGUGAAGCUCAAUUGUUUUACAUGACCCCCCCAGUCCCCCUUAGUCGGAGACCUUGGUUUGUUGAAUACGGAUUAGCCAAUUGAGAAACUGCCAUUUUGAUCUCGCCCUCGGUUAACUCGGGAAACGCUAGAUGUGAUGUCACGUUAGCAUUGUCAACUGCAGUAAAGGCAGAAUCGUAUUUUCUUUGAAUGCUUGGGCAUCCCAUGAUGGGCAUCCCAAAUGCCUUCUGGAAUGCUGCUGUCAUUUGCCAUAUAUUAUCACCUUAAACAAAGAACCUACUUGACCUGAUGUGGGAGUGACGUUGUUUACUAUCCUUAAUGGUUGACAUUUGAGAUCUAUUUAUCCCAAUUUUUAUUAAUAGCUCUUUGUUGUCAAUUUAAUGCAUUCAAAUUCCAUUUGGUAGCAUAACUGCCUUCUGGUUGAACAUUCUCCAUCCCCCGAAAAAGUCAACUCGAAAAAGUAUUGUCUAGAAUAUUGUACUAGAUUUUUCUUGCGUUUCCAAGGUUCAACAUGAUUCCUUUAACCGACAUCAUUCCUUGUCAAGAACUUGUUUAUUCUUAUUUUUCGUGUUUCUCCUGCUAUUCUUGAUGUUUUCAUAUUAUACUCUUGGUCCUUAGGGAAGGAGGUGGGGCGUUUGGUCUUCAACCCUAUUCCAAUGACAAGUUUGGUACUGUUACCUCCCACAUUAAACAGCGUAUCAAAGUCACUUUUUCAUCAAUUUUGUUUCUUAUGGCCACUAUAUCCAUAAUGUUAUCAACCAGCCCUAACAUUUGUUGAAAAAGAUACAUCGUUAUAUGUAGAACAAAAGCAAUACAAUGGAGGUUGGUUAAGUUACUCCAGAAAAGGAAAAGCGUUGUGCCAAACUUCCUUUAAGUCUCAGCCUAAAUGCCACUGGCAUGAGGAAAGCUUUAAGAGUUAAAUCUUGUUCAGGAUUAAAUGUUGUUUAAGGGAGACGACUCCUUCUGUGGUUAAGAUUUACUCUAUUGACCAAUGGGAGAAUUAUCAUGCCACAAGUCAUACCUUAAAUGUUUGAAAAUCUUUCAUAGACAAAUAAUUGUUUUAUUUCUUUAAUCAAUGAAUGGUGCAUUGAAUUACAGGUUUCAUGAUCUUUAUCUUCUUAACUAACACUCGUCAAUGCUCCGUUAUGAAAGGAGCCUUCUUUUUCCAGUUGAAUCCUUUCACAAUAAACAAAAAUUGUCUUCUUCCAUCAUUUAUGAUGUUGGCAUAAAUUAUUAAGUGGUUCGGACGAAUAUUGUUGUUUUAAUUUGUCAGUGCGGGUGCUUGGGAUGAAUUAUGGUUUUUUGUUGAUGAUGGCCUAGCUUCAGCUGCUGUUGAGUUGCCGAGAAACGAAGUUUCGUCAUCAUGUUGGUGUUUAUGGUAACAAAGGACGAUCUUGAUCGUUACGGAAUAUGGAAAACAUUUAUUGGAUCAAAGCAGCCCUCGCUUACUCAAAUGCUGGAGUUUGGGAAAUGGGCCGUGUUCAAGCCAAUAGGACUGCUUAUGCAAGCGACGAUAAUCGACUUCAACAAUGACGACGAUGCCUUGGAGAGCAGCGAAACGAUUGAAAUAUCAACCCAGUACCCCCAAUCUACGACUGUAGUGCCAAAAUCACCUGGGCCAGCGACGGCUCCCCCACCUCCUCCCCCUCCACCUCCACCUUGCCCGGUUAUCAAGAAUAGAAUUGAACAAGAAAACGAUGAGCCAAAAUGCAAGAAACUGAGCUGGAAGGAAUUGAAAAUUGAUUUGAGGAAUACUGUUUGGGAGAAGGUGAACCAGCAACUGCUUUCACUGGUUGAUGUUAUUGACAAGAAUGAAGUUUUUGAAUUAUUUAAAGAAAAACCUCGAAAAUCUCGAAAAUUUUCAGCACAGUCGCCAGUCGCAUCGAUGUCAGAAGAAAUCCAAACCAUUGGGGGCAAGAAGCAACUGAACAUAUCUAUUGCGUUGGCACAUCACCAGUUAAGUGCUGACAACCUCUUCAAUGCCAUCAAUAAUGUGGACAUUGGGCUGAUCGAAGCUGACUUUCUUUCUUCGAUGGAAAGUUUUCUUCCAGACCAAACUGAGGAAACGUCACUGAUGCGCAAGUUUUCUUCAACCAACAUAGCCAUGGGGUCCGAAAUAUUAACAGACCCAGAGAGAUUCUCUUUGCUGUUAUCGAGCGUGCCAGAAUACCGUAAAAAGAUCCGGGCAAUGGUUUUUCAGUGCUCGUUUUAUGACAGAGUAAAUGCAAUUUGCCAAAAUCUCGAUAUCGUAAGAGAUGCAGCAAGAGAGAUACGACACAGCAGCAAACUUGAAACUGCCUUGUUGUAUAUACUGUCUCUAGGGAGGUUGAUGAACAACAGCUCGACAGAAGCAUUCAACAUCGACUUUCUCUCAUCAGCAUCUUGCUUCAAAUCGGCAGAUGGAGACACUACGUUUCUCAUGUACCUCGUUCAGAAGCUGACAACAAAUGAUUCAGAGGCGCUUCAACUAGCAGAGGAGCUACCUACCCUACAGCAAGCUGUCAAAGUUUCUUUGAAUGAUAUUGACCGAGAUUCGACCGAGUUGGCAGUUGAAUAUGGGUCCCUUGCUUUGGAAUUGGAUUCAAUUAUCGAGGAAAGCCAAGCAUUCAAGGAAUUCCUCAGACAAGGGAAGUUUGACUUGAAUCAUUUAAAACGCAAGCGCCGACAAGUUCAGCAAGAUUUGAAAGAUCUCACAGGUUACUUCGGCAUUGACCCCAACAGGUCGCAGCCAAUGAACGUUUUCUCGACAUUAAACCAGUUUAUCAAAGAUCUGAUGACUGCAAAUGAAAAUCUGUCCAAAAAAGUUUUAUCCCGAAAAAACAGCUCACGUGCAAUGAUGCGAUCGACUUCGGUGCCUAGUUUCAAGCGAAGCAGUCGAAACUCGAGCUUUCGAGGCAGUCGUAAUUCCAGCGCCAAGAGCAGUCGUAACUCUAGUGCAAGAAGUAGCUUUCGAAAAGUCAGUCGUAGUAUCAGCAUCGCUAGCAGCACGUCUGAUGUUACGAACGGUAGUCAAGACGGCCUUCAAUUUCGAACUCGGCACUCUCGCAAUUCAUCGCGGGAUGUGUCUUCAGAAAACGCUAGUCUGUGUAGAGACAGAGUCGUUGAAAGCCCUCGUUCGAGGACUUUCAAAAGAGACAGCGUGAUCGAAGGAUCUCGCUUGAAGUUUGACAACGAAGACAAGAUCGUCGAGGGUUCGUCUUUGACGCCAUCAAAAUACGAUGAUGAAGGGUAUGGCUCGUUUAGCAGGUCACUUACCCCCAAAACAAGACAGUUUUUGAAAUCUGAGCUAAUGAGACUCGAAAAAGAGAGACUUAAAGAGCCGGAUCUCUCUAAAUAUAGAGAUUUUGUUAACCAAAGAAAAAAGGAAGAUAAACAGAAAAGUAAUCAUUCAACAGAUUUAAGAGAUACAGAAAAACCACAAUCCCACGAAAACCAUAGAUAUGAUUCUAAAGAACGAGAAGAAAAGAGAAAAGCUUUGUUAUCUCCUGUCAGAGAAAAUUCAAAUGUGAAGAAAGUAUUGGAGCGAGAAAGGGGUUCAAAUAGCAUUGCUGGAGCGGUUAAUGGGUCAGACAAAGACAAUCGCUUCAGUAAGGAGGAUUUUGUAAGCAAGUUUGAAAACGAUAAGGACUUGAGAAGCAAGCAGUACUCUGUUGCUAAUAGUUAUGACGAAGUUAAGGAACAGAAGGAAAAAGAAGUAUUGGAUGCUGAUGUGAAGCCAACUAGGGCUGGAUUGCGAGGGCGCAAUGACGAUUUUCAUUGGGAUGAGAUAAGAGAGAAACUGAGAAGAAGGAAGUUGGAAAAAGAGAGAAUAGCCAGAGCAAGUGACAAAAAUGAACCAAAUGAGCAGGAGUGUGUCACAGAACGAGGUAAAGAAUUGAAAACUCUGCGAUGCAGAAUGAAAAUGCCAGAUGGCAAGCAAUGCCUCAACACAUCAGAAAAAGAAAAGAAAGUCAAGGAAAACAUCGAGAGGUCCAAUAGAAUAUUGCCGAUUCAGAUGAGUAAAGAUUCUGGUACAGAGAAAGAUUCCUUAUCUAGAAAUGGAUUGAGUGUCAAGGUAGAAACACAUCCGCAAAAUAGUCGACUCAGCGCGAAUUCUGAUGACGGUAAGCAAAGAAAAAUAGAGAAAGAUUCGGAAUCACCAAUGAAUGGGAAGGUACAUAAUGCAAGCCAAAUGAAAAUAAAACGAGAUGACCCACUAAAAGAAAGAGCAAGCCAAAAAGGUUCUUUACAAGAUAGCAGCUCAAAAAUAGAAGGUAAAUCAAACAAGGAUGGUAACCAGAAUAUAACUAAAAGUUUUAUCAGAGGUGGCACGCGGAGUUCAUUAACCAGAAACAGAAGCUCACUUCGAAAUUCAUUCAAAUCCGAUAGAGGUCUGAGGAAGGUCAGUGUAAAAGCAAUGUUGGCAAAGGAUGUUCACAAGAUGGUCGCAAGAGCCAAAUCUGAGUCGCAUGCUGGUGAUGCAGCGACAAAGCGAAGGCGCACAAAGUCCGAGGGGCUCCAAGCUGUGAUAUUAAAACCAGGUUUAAUUGCUGAGGAUUUGCCAUUAAAGGUUGACUUAGAAAAUUCAGAUGCGAACAAUGAUAACAAGCAAAAGUUGAAUAAUGGAACAAGUGUAGGCCACAGCAAAGAUUUUGCUAUAGUGGACGAUAUAUCUCUAAAAGACACUGGGCCUGUAUUGCGUAGGACAAAGUCUGCAAUAAUCAACCGAAAUGUACGAGAGGCGAAAAUUGUAUUUUUCUUGUAAACUGAUUUUUAAUCUUUAACGUGUAGAUAAUAUUACUACUAGAGAUCCGAUCGCAGAAUUAAUACGGAUGCAAUUUUUCAACUUAGAUUUAAUAGCGAUUUAGUUUGCCUUAACGUGAAAAGGUAAUCCCUUGAAAUGUAGUUCUUGAAUUGUUAGUUUUGCAUCGCAUUGUAAAUAUUCUUUAUUCGUAGUCGCUAUUUUUGUGAAGUAAACAGCACUUCCAUUCAUCAGAAUUUCCACCUCAAGGACCUCAAGUUGAUUCCUUGGUCGUUCGUUGCUACCGCGCUUUACGGAUUCAUUUUAAAAUAAAGAUUUUAAGAUCUUGCAUCAGUUUAAAAAAAAUGAGUUGCACACAUCAUUAUGAAAUUGGGUUCCUAUAUUUAAUUUGUCACGCUAGGAAAUUUUUCAACAAAAUUCGCUUUUCAUGGUUUUCGCAGCUGCAAACAGUGAAACACAUUUCUGUCAAGAUAUUUGUAAGAGAGGGAACAUUCUUUGAAUGGGUCUUGCCCGCACAAAUAGGCCCGAAAUUCGAAAAAAUUUGCCUGAUUGGGGGCGGGGGGAGGGGUUGCCCGGUGGGUCCUUUCUUAUUGUCAAGUGUAAGCACCCGUCUCUUUAAUAUCUCUGAGAAAUGGGCUCAAUUUUGUCAUAUAUAUCUAGGACAUAGAAGAUAGAAUAAUGGGUGCAUGAUAUGGGAAUCUUAAAGGACAAGUGACACACUUUUCACCCUAUCUUUUCUUUUCAUUUACUAAUAGAUCAUCAUUUGAGGUACGUUUUUCCUGGUUUAGAACAAAAAAUUCUAAUCAGGGGGCGCAGGGGGCGCGAUUUUCCUUUUUAUCACGUGACCCUAUGACGUACAUUGUGAUAACUCGGAAUUUUCCUGUCAUUAAUAGAGAGUUUACGAAAUACGACGCGACAGGUCCAGACGAACUGAAUUCGGUUAGAAGCGUGUUGUAAACGUUAAUAUUGCACUGUAUACCAGUAGCAGCAAUAACAAAUUAUCACAAUCUACGUCACGGUGUCACGUGAUUCAUUUCCCGCCAUAAUUUGAAAAGGGUUUUUAAGUAGGAAAAUGAAAUCAGAAAGGAAAAAUAUUUCAACAGCACUCUCAUACAGCAUUUUACUUUAAGUUAAAAGAAGAAAAAAAUUUGGCGCCAAAAGCGUGUCACUUGUCCUUUAA